GUGCAGCAGGCGUCGAAGCCGCAGAGCUUCCAGGCGCAGGUUGGGCAGCCAGUGCUGCCCUCGAAGGAACCGGUGAACCCUGAGGCGCAGUGGGAGCACGACGUGCUCCUCGCGCUGGCGCAGAUGGCGCAGGAGUCCCUGCAGCUGGGCGCGUUCGCGGCCGUCUUCUGCAACCUCGCAGACACGGACGCCUCCCUGCUGCCCUCCGCGGCGAAAGCCGCCAACGAGGGAUCCCGUCACGCGGCGUGGGCUUUCGAGCAGGCGCUGUUCUCGGCGGAGGAGGGCGGCCUGGGGGCGGGCCAGCCGUGGCAGAAGGAGUUCGUGCAGAGCGCCAAGGCCUCGGCGGCCAAGGCUGAGCAGUGCGCCAAGCAGAGCUCGUUGGCUGUUGAGCGCCGAUGUCCGGACGCGGUCGAGUUGCUUGCCAAGCCGGCUCCAAUCCCGGUGAAGGGCGUCUUCACGUGA